CUCAUAAAAAUGAUAAGGUACGUGUGAUUCAAAUAGCCAACUGGGUUACUUGUAAUCAUGGAAAUUUUGACUUGCUUCUUUCUUGCCUUAAUCAUCCGUUAUGCAGCUUCAAUUACUUUUGAUUUUCCGGAUAUUAAUCAAACGUUGCAGGGUGUAUUUACUCUAGAGAAUGGAGCAUAUGUCUCUGAUAUAGGAAUCCAAGUGACCCCUGAAAACAAACGUUCAGAUCCGAAUAAAUUUGCUGGUCGGGUGACUUACUACCAACAUCUUCAUCUAUGGGACAAAACCUCAAGGGAACAAGCUAGUUUUGAUACCGAAUUUUCCUUCAUUAUUAAGGCAAACAAUGCUACAUUUUAUGCCGAUGGGCUCACAUUCUUUCUUGCAGAAAAUAGUACUUUGAUAACGGGGGGUGAAGCCUUGGGGCUUCCAGUUAGUAAUAGUAUGACUUAUCCAUUUGUUGCGGUCGAAUUUGAUACUUUUGGGAGCAAUGACAAGGACCCAAAAGAUAUUGACAUAUUUGGGAAGCAUGUAGGGAUCGAUGUCAAUUCACUUGUUUCUGUUGAUUAUGAGCAAUGGAAGUACGAUGUAUCAACAGGAGAAGAAUGUAAAGUAUACGUAAAGUAUGAUUCUGUUUCGACUAAUAUUAAUGUUUUGGUCUACAAUGACACAGGUGUGGGAGUUGAACUUAAUCACAUCAUUGACCUAAGGGAUGUAUUGCCAGAAAGGGUUAUUUUCGGGUUCUCAGCUGCAACCGGAGAUCUGUUUGAGAAACACACGCUGAAGUCUUGGAAGUUUAAUAGUUCGAAACUACACGUUGAUGAAGCAGAGGUGAAACCACCAACCACCAGCCCGAAUAAUAGCACAUUGACAAGCUUAAGCAAAAAUUCAGAUCAAAAUGGCAAAAACAAGACAAGACGACUUAUGGUGGGAAUAAUAGUUGGAGUACUAGUAGUUACAUUUUCGGCUAUCAUAGCAUUUUUUCUUUGUUGGAGGAAAAAAAAGAAACGAGUUCAAGAACCUGCCGAAGGUGUGCAGAUGAACAAAGAUUUUGAAUUGGGCACCGGGGCUAGAAAAUUCUCAUACCAGGAACUAGUUAAGGCAACUGCUGGGUUUGUGGAGAAAAACAAGCUUGGUGAAGGGGGCUUCGGAGGGGUUUACAAAGGUUUUUUGAAAGAUAGAGGUACAUAUAUUGCAGUUAAACGGGUGUCAAAGACUUCUGAACAAGGAAUCAAAGAGUAUGAGUCAGAAGUCAAGAUCAUUAGCCAAUUGAGACACAGAAAUCUAGUGCAUCUCAAUGGUUGGUGCCACGAGAAAGGAGAACUCCUUCUCGUUUAUGAGUUUAUGGAAAACGGGAGCUUAGAUUUGCAUCUUUUUGAGGGAAAGAGCUUGUUGUCAUGGGUUACAAGGUACAAAAUUGCUCAUGGGCUGGCUUCUGCUUUGCUGUAUUUACAUAAUGAAUGGGAGCAAUGCGUUUUGCAUAGAGAUAUCAAAUCAAGUAAUGUGAUGCUGGACUCAUGUUUCAAUGCAAAACUCGGUGAUUUUGGAUUAGCUAGGUUGGUUGAUCACGAGAAAGGCUCUCAAACAACCAAAAUGGCUGGGACAAUGGGUUACAUGGCACCCGAAUAUGUAAUGACAGGUAAGGCAAGCAAAGAAGCUGAUGUUUUUAGCUUUGGAGUUGUUGCAUUGGAAAUUGCUUGUGGGAGAAAACCUCUCUACUUGGAUGGUUCAAAAACGAAAACAGAAUUAGUGGAAUGGGUUUGGGAUCUCUACGGGACUGAAACACUUCUUGAAGCAGUUGAUCCUUGUCUAGGGUCAGAUUUUGCAGAAGAAGAAAUCAAGCGUUUGAUGGUCGUCGGGUUGUGGUGUGUGCACCCUGACCCCAUCGCACGCCCAUCAAUGAGGCAAGCUAUUCAAGUAUUGAAGUUUGAAGCUUCACCACCUAUACUCCCAUUGAAGAUGCCCAAGCCGACUUAUAAUGUGCCUUCUACUUCCACAUCAAACGGCAAUACUUCUAGUGGCUGUAAUACGGUAUCCUCAAAUAUCACAUCGUCUUGAACAGCUCAUCAGCUCUAUCUGUGUCUAUAUUUCAUACAAUAUACGUAGAUAUUAUCUGUGUACGUAUACAAUAAAUGUUCUUGUAGAUCAUGUUUGUGUGUCUUUGGUUUCGAAAAAUGUAUGUGAUUGACAAUGCUGUAAGUGUUUGUAACAAAUGAUUCGGAGUUAUUAUAUUUCUCUACCCAAA